AGACUUUAAAGUACUGUAAACACUAUACAGUAUUGAGUAUUAACACUGUAAACUAUAAACGCUUUUUCACGUUAAACACCGGUGACUGAACGAAUUAGUCAAAUAGGCACUUUUUAGUUUUUUAAUUUUUUACCGUCGACUGUUGUCGAUUACUUACUAGUCAUUUAUUGUUUAAUUUCUUUAAAAAUUAUCACAAACUUUUAUCAUGAGUAAAGCACAUCCUCCAGAGUUGAAAAGAUAUUUGGACAAGAAAUUGCAAUUAAAAUUAAAUGCCAAUAGACAGGUAGCAGGUGUGCUACGUGGUUUUGAUCCAUUUAUGAAUCUUGUGUUAGAUGAAACUGUAGAAAAAAUCAAGGAUGGUGUUGUAAAUAGUAUUGGGAUGGUGGUUAUAAGAGGAGAUAGUGUUUUAACUAUAGAAGCAUUGGACCGGAUUGAUCAACAUUAAACAAUAAGCACAUUUUUUUUCUGUUAAUAAAUAUGAAGUAUGUUUUACAAAUAUUCUUAUGUAAUA